AUGGCUCCCAAACGUCGUAAAGGCUCCUCCUCACGUGAUAAUUUUAAGAAGCAGAAAUCAACAACUUCAGAGUCAGACCACCUCUCUGAUAUUGAUUUCCUCAGCAACUCAGCAUCCCGAUUCUUGCAACGAGAUAUUGACUCAUUGAGAGUGAAGUUUCAAGGGGCCUCAGGCAAAUUUAGUGUUAUCCCUAGAAAUGCUGGGCAAUAUGUUCUUCCUCAAAUUACUCCAAACAUACUGUCUGAUGGAAACUUUGAUGUUGACAGUCUUGGGAUUACAAACUGUUCUGUCCUGACCUUCAUUAACAAACUGCACAAGGUUGUGUUGAAUGCAGCUGUGGCGAUAGGAACGGCCAAAACAACUGACUCUCUGGUGGAUGACCUGCUACGCAUUGUUGAGCUAAAUGAAUGGCCUACAUGGAUUGAAAAUCACCCACUGUUGAGAUUGUUCAUUGAAGGCCAACCUCGUGUCUCAGCAGACCCAGAGUUUGUUGUUAAUAAGAGAUCAACAACAAAUGCAUGCAGAAUAGAUGCGCAUAUGAUAAUUUUGGAGGAUAAACACAUAAGAAAUGUUAGGCCAGAAACUGGUUUUGGCGAAGUGCAGAUUGCUGCAGAAAUGCUUGCAUAUGGAUCCGAAAACAUAGGUGCUGCCCGUGCAGUAAUAGAUCAAAUUAUAUUUGGUGUCCGCGUCAUUUCGACAUAUGUUACAUUCUACAAAGCUGAAAUUCGUGGAGGAUAUUGGACAGAACUUUCCAAUGGUUUACCAACGCAGCAUUCAGUCGUGAUCAAAAGGUGGCCUCCGACUAAUAACGAUCAGAGUGGUUUGAACCUUGCAGAUCCAGCUGGUAGGAGAGCAGUGUUGGAAUCGCUUAUUGGCAUUCGUGAAUUUAUUUUGCAAUGA